AUGGUGAGGGAGAGUAUAAGCCCGUGUGUUGUUCCAACUUUGUUAGUACUAAAGAAGGAUGGUAGUUGGAGUAUGUGUAUCGACAGUAGAGCCAUCAACAAGAUCACCAUCAAGUACAAAAUUCCUAUUUCACGGUUAGAUGAUAUGUUGGGUAUGCUGGCUGGUUCAAAACUCUUUUCAAAGAUUGAUUUGAGAAGCAGUUACCACAAGAUUUGUGUUAGACAAGUGAAUAAAUGGAAAAUUGCUUUCAAAACUAAGAAGGGUCUGUAUGAAUGUGUUGAAGGCAUUCGGGUUGAUGAGGAAAAAGUUCGGGCAAUUCAAGAACGGCGUAUACCAAAAACAGUAGGCGAUGUGCGCAGUUUUCAUGGUUUAGCAACGUUUUAUCGGAGAUUCAUCAAAUAUUUUAGUAGUAUUGUUGCUCCUAUUAUAGAAUGUUUAAAGAAUAGUAAAUUUAAAUGGGGUGAAGAGGAGUUGUAUGGGGAAAAUGAUGACUUUAAGGAUUCUGGGAUAAGUGUCAGACUGGACAGGUUGCUGAGACUUUGUAUUCCGAGGAGUUCCCUUUGUGAGCAGAUUAUUCAUGAAUUACAUGGUGGUGAUCUAGGUGGACAUCUUGGUCAAGAUAAGACUAUAGCUUCGGUCGAAGAGCGAUAUUAUUGGCCACAACUCAAGAGGGAUGUUGGCAACCAUACAUGGUGGUGUCCAAUCUGUUAA